UUGACAUUCAACCUGACUUCCAAACAAAACUUGACAACAUGUCUUAAUCAAACAGAAUAUGUCUAAAAAUGUGGAGAACAAAACAGCCUCUAGAUCCAUCCUCAACAAGAACGAAGACCUUUCAAAUUCCACCAGUGGAACAGAAAAAUCCUCAAGCGAAUCCACUCACUCUUUAAAAUGCCCUUUCGUUCCUUACUCAAGAAGUUCCGCUAAAUUAAGGAUUGACUCGCUCAGUUCCUCCUCUGGAUCAUCUGUCCGAUCGAAAGAUCACCACUACAUCACUCUGGUGCAACCCAGAUCAGCUUCAUGCUCUUUCAAACCCAUCGAGUCUGAUGAAGCAGUGGAACCGGAAGAGAACUUGGAAUACACUGAGAAGCUGGGUAAAGAAAUGGGUGUCAAGACGGCGUCUAGAAAAACCGAUGAAGAGAUGGUGGGUAGAUGUUAUUCCACCUCAGCGAACGAAAUACCAAUCGCAAUAUUGCCAAUUGAAAAACCUUUGGAAGUAACAACAGCACAAAGACAGCAACGAUCCUGUAACCUGAAGGAUACCAAUAAGGUGAAAAUGCUGUCAGGACCAAGAAUGACAACUUCAGAUUCCUUCAUUUCAAUCAACAGGAAGUAUCUCCAGGAUAACGAGAGGAAGCUUCCUCCGACGGAAGCAGAUGUGAAGUCUUGGGAAAAUCCAAGUUCGUCCAGCAAACCUACACUAGUCUUGGUUCAAAACAAAUCGAACGGAGAAUCAGAACAGACGUCCACUAUUACGCCAGUCAGCAUCUUCGAAAACGACAAAUAUAAAACGUGCACCGAUUCCAAUUCUCACGAAGACGAAGUCUUAGACUCCAUGAAAUUCGCUAGGAAGAAAUCGACGUCUGGAAAGGUUGACUUCAAGAAGGGUAUAGAGUUGAAGAACAGUUCAUUAUUGUCCAUACCCUCGACGGUAUGCAGAAUCUGCCACACUAAUACGGUGAAUGAGAGGCUGUUGUCCCCCUGUUAUUGCAAGGGGAGUCUCGCUUACGUGCAUUUAUCCUGCUUGGAACGAUGGCUGAACCAAUCCAGUCGAAGUUAUUGCGAACUCUGUCUCUACCAGUAUAACGCAGUCGAGACCUUAAGAUACGGAUUCUUGGAAGGCAUUAGACUGUGGGUUCGACACCCUCGCAACAGGAAUCACGUGAGGUCCGACUGUCUAAUCGCCUUCCUCUUGACCCUGGUGACUUUAGGGCUGGUGGUGAUAUGUUUUAUCGGCAUGGAUUACUUCAUGAUCGAAGGCAUCAAGUUGGGACUUUCCAGGAUGUGGACGAAGAGCUUCAUCGUGUCUUUUUUGGGUGUUAUAAUGAUGGGUUAUGUGGUCACCAUGUAUCUGAUUGUGAAGGAUCAGUUCGUGCCUUGGUAUACGUGGUGGAAGAACACGCUGAAUAUCCGGCUUCUUUUGAGUCCUACGGUGAUGCAGACGCAAAGGAUAUAAUUGGGAAAUUGUGGUUUUUUGCUGAGAGCAACGGGAGGUUAAUCAGAUGUUAUGUUGAGUGUCGAGGUUAGGAAGUGUCAAUUAUAACGGAUGAUGCACUUGUGUUUAUGUCCCAGAGUUUAGUCGUAUGGUUUAUUUACUAUAAUGUUGAACAUUCAAUAUAAAACGAUAAUUGAAUAUAAUCUAAGAAGAUA